AGAUUUUAGUGCCAAGCCCGCGCGGGUCCUGCGUCCUGCUACCUGGGCUGCCCACAAAUUUUGGAGGAGCCGAUGUGAAAUGUGGCAAUUGUUCCGGACUCCACUGGCUGGAUUCGUCUGCCGGCGAGUCUCGUGUGUCGCACCGAGGGUGAUCACGAUGCCUGAGAAGCAAAACGAGAAGAUUGUGCUGGACCUGGUUGUGGCUACACGCGAGAACACGUCCAAGCUUGGCUACUUUGUCGAUGACACAGUCGUAAAUCCAGGCUUGGGCAUUCCGUUCUACAAGACUGUCUUGGAAGGUGCCAACUACGAGCAUGCCGACUGGAAGGAUCAGUGCUGCGUGCGUACCUCGCAGAUCCACUGGCGAGAUGAUCACAGCGUUUCAUGGCUGGAGCGUCACAUGGAGAUGACACAGGGCUUCCUGGUCAUUGGAAAGAAUCCCGGCCUCUUCGUCUUGGGGGAACCGACCCAUGACCGCCAGGAUUUGGAUGAGAAGAACAGGUCUCUGCCGGAUCCGAAGCGCACCAAGGCCUACAUCAUCCCUGCUGGCAUGGGCCUGAUCUUGAAGAAGGGCACGUGGCACGACUUCCCGGUGUCCUGCGGGCCACCGGUGUCCGCGUUCAUCCUGAACACGGAAGAGGUGGUUGCCGCCCUGGCGUCUAUGCCGCAGGCCGGCCCUAUGAACCACGGGGACUGCUACAAGCUCCGCCUCUCUGAGCACUGGGACUUUACGAUGCAGUUCCCGGAUCCACGUCCAUUUGUGCAGAUGCAUGGCUUAGUGCCGCACCCGGUGGCCCAGCCGCUGAUGGGCAAAGAAGGAUACGGUGUUGGCAUGAGCCGUGAGGAGGUCAAGCCAGGUUGGGGUGCCGGCAAGAAGGUGUUCGUCAUUCCUGUGGUGAACGUCGAGGUCUUUGUGCCCGGCUGCGGUGGACCUUCAGUCCAGCCCCACUUGCAAUCGGUGCCCGAAGUGGCGAACCGGGGCUGGCGUGACUAUGGCAACCAGCGCGGCCUGGAGCGCCUGGCUCGCAUGUUCAAGGAGCUUGGCAUCCCAGCCACUGCCGUCAUCAACAGCGAAGCAGCGAAGGUCGAGAAAGUGAACAAGGCGAUCACGGACGCCGGCUGGGAGGUGGGUGCGCAUGGCGUCAACAAUUCUUCAGGUGCUGCCAAGAUGAACCGCGGUGAGGAGGAGGCUUACUUCAAGCAGAGCCUUGACGAUCUUGAGCAAAGUCUCGGCGCACGUCCCAAGACAUGGCUCACCCCUCAAUUCUCAGUCACUGAGCGCACCCCCGAGAUUGCCGCGCAGUCAGGUAUUCAAGCCUUUCUGGACUUUGUGGACGACGAUGUACCCUACCAUUUGGUCCAUGAAGAAGGCAAGCGCACCCUGGCUCUGCCGUAUUGCAUGGAAACGAACGACAUUUCCCUUUGCCUCACCAAGCACUUCGACGGGCGACAGUACGCUCAGGCCAUCGAGGACCAUGUGCGCCAGCUGGCCAAGGAGGAUGGCGAGAAAGUGGUUUGCCUGGGUAUGCAUACUUUCAUCGCCGGGACUCCUGCCAGGGUGC